AUGCCCACACGCCUUCGCGAAGUGAAGACACAAAGUACGAAGAAGAAGCCUGACAGAAAACAAAACCAAGGUAUCGAAAAAUCCAGGGAGGGAAAGACAGGGAACCACCCUGCAAGAGAAGACACAGAGAAGAGGCUGCCAGCAAUGGAAAGUGCCCGCAACUGGCAUAAGUUUUCUCCAGGAAGGCACCUGGUCCAAAACCCCGCGAAAAACAUAAUCAAUAGCAACAACGCAACACCAAAUGACACGAAACCUCCUAAAGUUACUAACCAAACAACCGACACUAGAGAAUGGAAGAGAUUGAAAAUUGCCUUAUGA